AUGUUGAUCCCUCUACGUUUCUCCUCAAAACCUUCCACGCUCCACAAAAGAGACUUUGGUGGGCACGGCAUUGCCAUCAUUGUGAUAAUCGUCGCUAUCUUUAGUGUAAGCUUGAUCUUGGUGAAAUAUUGCGCAAGGGUGGUGAAUGCCAAAAAGCCCAAAAGAUCCAGCGAUAAUUCAUCGAACGAUGGCCAAAUACUUGAGGAAAAUCAUCAGGUGUACACUGAAGACAACCUACCUCAUACUCCUCCUCCUGAAUAUGUAAGCGAUAUGCCAAUUCCUCCUCCUGCCUAUGUGAGAUGA